AUGCGUUACAAAUGCGGAAUCUGCAUCGAACAGCUGGAAAAUCCGGUCCUGAUCCGGGAAUGCGGCCAUUUGUUCUGCGAAGCCUGCCUCAGCCAAUGGGCAACGGUCCGAAAGAACGCCGGAUUAUCGUGCCCCUUCUGCCGAACCGACUACACGGCCAGAGGAUUGAUCAGGGUGGAGUACUCCUUCAAACGCAACCUUCAAAAUGUAAAAUUUUAAAAUUUUUGUCGAUUUAGCGAGCUGAUGGGGAAGUGGAAUUUUGGGAAUUUUUUGGGGAAAAAUUGGGAAAUAUUGAGUGGAUUGGGGGUUUAAUUGAGUGUAGAGAUGGUUGAUGCUCAAACGGAUGAAGAUUUUUUUAGGAUUUUUUGAAUUUUUUUAUAUUAUUUUAGGUAAUAAAUUUUAAAAGAAAGUACUUUUACGGGGUAUGGAGUUGCAGGUCAAGACAUAUAUCAAAAAAUUCGCAAAAUUUUUCUGAUUCAGAAUAUGUAAAAAUUAGCUGCCCAAUUUGGGUUUGUAAGGGCGAAAAAACCCUCAGAACUUUUCUCGCAGCACCAAGCAAAUGCCUUUUUGGCCAAGUUUUUACCAAUUCAAAAACUUUGUUUUGAGCUAAAGCAAACCCUGGCGUCUUGACAAGCCUUAAAAUAUCAAAUUUGAUUAAUACUGCACUUUUUUUACUUUGCAAUUAUUAAUUAAGGUGUAGCAUUUAUCAAAUUUGAUAUUUUAAGGCUUCUCAAGAUGCCAGGGUUACUUUAGCUCAAAACAAAACUUUUGAAUUGGUAAAAACUUGGCCAAAAAGGCAUUUGCGCGGAGUUGCGAGAAAAGUUUUGAGGGUUUUUUCGCCCUUACAAACCAAAAUUUGGCAGCUAAUUUUUACAUGUUCUGAAUCAGAAAAUUUUUGCGAAUUUUUUGUUAUAUGCCUCGACCUGUAACGCCAUACCCUAUAAAAGUGCUUUCCUUGUUAAAAAUUUUCUUUUUUUUUUGAUGAAAAAGUGUAAGGAUCGAAUUUUAUUUUAUUAGAAAAAUUACCUUUAUUGGUCCAGACAACGUAUUUUUUUUUACAAUUUUGGAACGUAUUUUACCGAAAAAAUCUCAUUUUUCGACAAAAAAUUGGGAUUUUUGUGAUUUUGAACUUGAAAAAGAUGGAAAUAAUGGAUGAUUUUGAUAGGAAAUCUAAAAUCAAGACGUAUGAAUGCCGUAUUUUACAUUAUAAAAAUCAUUUUUUUGAUUUUAUUCUAGGAAUUUUGCGAUUUUUUUAGAAAUUUUUUGAUUUUUUUUUCAUUUUUUCGUAUUCUAGAAUGAGCUAUGUACCAAGAAGAACGAUCUUGAAGAACAACUGACCGCCAAGAAGGAAGCUAGAGAACGAAAAUCCGCUAAUUAUGAGAAGCUUUUGAGUGUGAGAUUUUCGAAAUUUUUCUCUCGAUUUUUCGAAUUUUUCGAUCAAAAAAUCGGAUUUUAGGAACUGGAAAGCUCCGUAAAGAAGGCAGAAGCCCAGUUGCGACUGAACGAAGACCUAGAACAGCGACUUCAACUGGAAUACGAAUCAAAAGAAGUGAUCGUAAAGGGUAAAGAGAAGGAAUUGACUGUUUGCCGAAAUUUCUUCCGAAAAAUCGGCGAAAAACGGUUCAAGGAACGACCCGAAGACCAAAGCCAAGUCCAAUCAGCCUUCAACAUGGCAAUCCAGUAAGAACUUGAUAUUAUUCUAGGUGGUUGUGAAAAAAUUUUUGUCAUGGAUAAUAUAAUUUUGGCAUGGAAGAAGAAGAAAUAAGUUUUUUAGGGGCAGGUUAGGAAUUGGUAAGCCAGAUGGGAUUAAAAUUUUGAUGUUUUAAGGGGAAAUUUAUAUUAUUUUAGACAUUUUUUGUCAUGGUUAAUAUAAUUUUUGAAAAUUUUUGCGAAUUUUUUGGUCUAAAAUGGAAGAUUAUGACUUAUUUUUGUUAUAAAAGUGGUUGGUAUUAAAUUUAAACAUAGGAAAUAAAAUUUUUUGGACAUUUUUUUGUCAUGGUUAAUAUAAUUUUUGAAAUUUUUUAUGGGUUUUGUGGUUUAAAAUGGGAGACCUUGGCUUAUUUUUGUUAUAAAAGUAGUUAAAAUUAAUUUUCAGCGUAUAAAAUUAAAUUUUUGGACAUUUUUUUGUCAUGGUUAAUAUAAUGUUUGAAAUUUUUUAUGGGUUUUGUGCUUUGAAAUGAAAGAUCCUGACUUAUUUUUGUCUUAAAAGUAGUUGAAAUUAAAUUUCAGCUUAGAAAUUUUUUUUUUUUGAAAAUUUCUUUGUCAUGGUUAAUAUAAUUUUUUACAAGUUUUGCCCCGGAAAGGUAUUAGUUUUAACCUUUCAGACGUAUCAACCGAUGCCGAGGUCUAAUUAACGAGAAACGGCACCUUUCCGACCAGCUAAACAAGACCAAAGCCCUACUGCAAGAUCUAAAGUCAUUUCUGGAAGGCUUGGGAAGACUUCGUCUCCAGGAAUGCCUGAAUUUCACAUCGUUUCAGAGUGCCUGCGAAGUUAUGGGGUGAGAUUCUGCGAGUUUUUGAGCUUAAAACUGUUUUUGAAAUUUUUGAAAAUUUUGUCUUAUAUGGGUUUAGAUGGCCAGCCCCGGUUAAAAAGACUAUCCAGCCCUCAACAUCGGCGAUGGAGCCGCCGAAAAUCCCGGCUGUGGCUAAAGAGAUCCCCGAAAAAAUGAAAACCCAUCAGAGAUUGGACUUGAUCAGCAAAAAGUUGUACAGCGGACUGGUCGACGUCCCAACCCCAAAGCCGAAGCCCGCCAACGCGUUUGAGAAGAUGAGAAUGAUGAGGGAAGACGAGAAACUACUCCAUUUGCCGAGAGAAGUAGGGUUUUAACAUGUUUUUGAUUUUUUUUUUGUAAAAAAUUGAUGAAUUUUGAAAAAAAGCAAAGUUUCAUUCGGGGCAGUUCAUGGAUAAUAUAAUUUUGGGAAUGAAAAGGAACGAACAAGCGGUUUAGGGGUAGAUUGGAGAUUGGUGAGCCAGACGGCUUGAAAAGUUCAAUCUUUUACGUGGAAAUUUAUAUUACUUUAGGCAUUUUUUGUCAUGAAUAAUAUAAUUUGGGGCAGAUCGAGUAUCGGACCAAUAUUUAUUUAUAUCCAAUGCUGCAAAAUUGGUUGACUAGCCAAGGGGGUUAUUCUCUGUUCAAACCGGAGGAUAGGUGGUUCAUGACCAAGCUCCCGACCUAGGUCGUGACCGAUGUCAAGGAGGUUGCUUAAAAUUACCCGGAAAUGGUCUCAAUAUUGCCUACAGUGACGGACCUGAUCCAGUGGCAAAAACGUACCAUUUUGCAUCCGGGAAGCAUCAAAAAAUGUAGCAAAAUGCCUCCCUCUCCAAGUGAAAAAACUCCGUUCAGAGCGGGCGGGCUUUCGAAAUCGGAGUUUUUUCACUUGGAGAGGAAGGUAUUUUUCUACAUUUUUUGAUGUUUCUCGGAUUCAAAAUGGUACGUUUUUUGCCGCCCGGAUCAGGUCCGCCACAUUAUGAUGUUCACGGCGCUUUUUUUAGGGCAGGUCGUCAUCAAGCUUAAGGUCUAGGUCGCACGCCAAUUUAUUUUCUUCAAAAACUAUUUUUGUGAGCUGCGCCCGAGUUUGCGAGAAUGUUGGUUGCCAUUUUAUACGAAGAAGGCAAAAAUUCCGUUUUUGGUGAAAACAACCGGUGAAAACAGAAAUUAGUGCAGAAUUUUAUGUGUUUUCAGAAAAAAGGACUGUACUACCGCAUCUUGGUAACUGUUGCGUAAUAAUUAGGGUAAAAAUUGAGAUUUUUCCAGUUUUAUUGAGAAUCCUUUAAAUUAAGAAGCAAAAUGAGAUAAAUAUAGGAAAAUAUAAUUAACUGUAAGAUGUAACACCACCGUUACCACCGUCGUCAUUGUACACGUCGAUUGGUCGACUAUAUUUGCUGGAUUGACUUAGUCUUGACUGGUUUGACUUAGGUUUGGAUUACUAUGUAGUAACUGGUGUUGGUGGUGGCGGUUUAAAAAUUCCGGCUCAUGAACUGUCGAUCUUGUUUGUCAUCUCUUUAAUUCGCCACAUAUCUUUGUUUUUGCAAUUUUUCCACUUCUUCUGUGAGCUCCCGAACUUUUUUCCCUGAGGCAGUUGCUACGGCCGCCCGUUCACGUUGAAGAUUCAAUCGAGACGUAGGAGUCCUUCUUGGAGUCACAGAACCGUUUGUGAUGUCAGUUAGAACGUUCUGAAAGCGCAAAGACCCUUAAAAUUCAAAAUUUCGAAUUUUUUGCCUUUAGGACCCUAACUUUGAACCCAAUUUUCUCAAAAAGUACGCGACCAAUUUUCGAUGUUUCAACGGAAUUUGAAAGCCCACAUGCGAUUCUAUGUAAUAUCUAAAAACAAAAAAAAUCUAUAAGAAAAAACAUACCUCAUUGAUGUAAACACUGAAAUUUCCAUUUUUUUGGGUUACUGUAGAAUCGGGCUGGUCGACGGCCAAUUGCUUCAGGCGCUUUGAUUCACGCAUUUUAUGGGCCUGCAGAUCCCGCUGUCUCUUCCUGUCUAGGUUGCCAUUCCUUAAGGCGUUGAUUCCGCUCUCAGAUUGCGAGAAUAAGUUAAAACUCAUCUGAGAGAAACUCAAAAUUUCACCAUUUUUGACUUGUAACACCCGGGGCUUCUUAUAAAAUUUUAAAAAAUCAUGCCCAUUGGAUAGAGCAUUAAAAAAGCUACAAUUCCAUAGACUCAAAAGUUAAGGUAUGGCACCUCAAUCAAAAGUUAUGGACGAAAUAAAUUACCUUACACCAGCGGUAAACAUUAAAGGCGCCGCCAAUUAUGGCAAAUAUUUAUUUUUUUUCUAUCUUGAGUGAACAUUUUUCGAUUUGUCUGUUAUUCUUCUUUACUUUGUGAAAUUUUCGAGAUGAUUAACACUUUUUCUGCCAUGAUACGGUAGGAUGUUUAGCGGAGGGAAACAGUUGACCAAACGGGCCAGGGAGACACUUGACACGAAUAAUUUUUUUGAUUUUUUGUAGAAGAAAAUAAAUUGGCGUGUAGGUCGCGAUCUAGGUCAUGAGUAAUCUCCAUGCUUGAUGACGACCUGACCUAAAAAAAGGUGUCUUGACCAUUAUACAGUGGCGGACCUUAUCCAGUGUCAAAAAACGUACCAUUUUGCAUCCGGGAAGCAUCAAAAAAUGUAGCAAAAUGCCUCCCUCUCCAAGUGAAAAAAGUCCGAUUUUGAAAGCCCACCCGCUCUUUUUGUGAAAGGGCCCGCUCAGAACGGAGUUUUUUACUUGGAGAGGGAGGCAUUUUGCCACAUUUUUUGAUACCUCCCAGAUGAAAAAUGAUACUUUUUUUGCCACUGGAUCAGGUCCGUCACUGCAGUCAACAUUGAGACCAUUUUCGGGUAAGUUUUGGCAACCUCCUUGGCCUCGGUCACGACCUAGGUUGCAAGAUUGCUCAUGAACGACCUAUCCUCCGAUGUGAACAGAGCAACCAACCACUUGGCUAGCUAGUCAACCAAUUUUGCAACAUUGGAUAUAUAAAUUUUUUUCCGCUACCCGAUCUGCCCCAAGUGAAGGGUAGCCGAAAGAAAUGCUGCGAAAUUUUGGCGGUAAAAGAUAAAUAAUAAAUUUCAGGACGAAAAUAACCGCCCUCCCGACCGCUUCCCCAAAUUCAUCAUGGCCGACCGCAACGGCCAAGUUCUCAAGCCGCCGGAGCCGAAAACCGUCGGCCCCAUCGACCUCAGAUACCCCACGAAAGAAGAGCUCCAACUGAAGAGAAGACAACGCGAAGAGGCGUUGCGAAGGGAAGUGGAGCAAGCAGAGGCUGCGAAAAAUAAAGACAACUCGCUGAUCCGCAGAUUGGACGACAUUAACACCAACUCCGGAGACGGAACAACAUUGAACAUCACAUCUGAUGCGAGCAUGAUAAACAGCCCAUUGCAAACCAGAGACAAUAAAUUCAAUGUCCGAUCGUUCUCAGAAGCCAAGAGAAAAUCAUUGAGCAAGAUUUGCGGUGUGAAGCCGAAGCACAACGCCACGAUUCGCUUGGAUUCCGACGAUGAGGAUAUUGACCAUCAUGAGGAAGAUAAAAUUGAGAAGAAAGGUGAAAAGAAGAAGGAAGAUAGUGGAAGUAGUGAUAUCAGCGGAAAGAAUAAGCCUUGUGGAAGUGAAAAAGGUGAGUUGCACUUGGGAUUACUGUAAUUUUUAAGGAUUUUUUGUGGAUAUUGUAGUAGGGGGUAGAUGGUGGAAAUUGAUGGGAAAAGCAGAAAAGUUUGGAGAUUGUAACGGAAAAGUGGGAUUUAUAGAUAAAGUAGAGAAGAAUCUUGAUUUUUGUAAGCAGUAGUUACAGCUUGGAUUACUGUAACAUCGAUUUUUUUUUGAGUUUUAGUAAAUCGCUCAAAAAUUUUAAAAUCUGUACUAAAAAUGUUCAUAGAGAGUAAUGUGUAAUUUAGAUAAGACGGACAAACCCCCAAAGGCUCCAUCAAGUCAUCUACCAACUGCAUCGGCCAAGACUCCACUUGAUAUUUCGAGAAAUUCAAAGAUUGAGCUGUAUCAAACAUCUCAACCAAAAUCCGUCCCAAAAACUACUUCGAAGCCGGCCGCCAAAAAAAUUAUCGUCUUGGACUGUGAAACUCAGCCUGUUAAACCUGCGACAGACUCUGGAGCCAACUCCGAAGCCAGCAAGGACAGAAUUUCGAGACCUGAAACUUCAGGAAUGCCUAAAAUAACAUCGAUCUCGCGUUUGCUGGAAAAUCAGAGGAAAAGAAGGUCGGAUGAGCGCGACGAUGCAACUACGAAGCGCCCGAAAGCAGCCGCCGUCAAUAGAAAUGCCAGAUCUACGGGUUCUGUGCAAAAAAUCUCCACCUUCCUCAAGAAGCCGGACAAGAACAAUUCCAUUAUUAUUUUGGAUUAA